ACCUAAAACAGGAAAGAUCCUGUUGCUUGAUACAAAAACCUUUAAUCUUCUGCGAAUGGAAGCGAGUGGAAUUGUUUUGCGCUAGGUGUUUGGUCCUUUCAGUCUUAGUGGUGUGGUCACCUUACCCCCAUUCCCACCUCUCACGCAUGCCAACCCGGCAGAGAGCGACCACUGCUCUCCCAUCGACACAGAGUCGAGCCUGUCCCAGUCCAGGCACAUACACGUGGUCAGGUGGACGCUUUUUAGGGGUAGAGAACCAUUGCCUAGAGUCUAGACAUUGAAACCGUGCGUUCAACUAGUGUCUCGAUAGUGGUGCACGCGGAAACAUUCAUUAACAGUGUUUCAAGGUGAUUUCACCAUUUCGCAUCGACGCCAUGAGUGGAAGGCCCCGAGAUAGAUUUCGCAAGUAUGAAUCAGGUUCAUCAAAAGCGCAGAAACGCAAGUUAAGAGAAGAAUUUGUUAAAAGUCAAACUGGAGCGUUGGACAAGUACAUGUGCUUUUCAAAGAAGGAAGGCAGUGCGAAAAAUGACAAUGAUUGUAGUGAUGAUGGUGACAAUGAAUCUUUGAGUGAUUUUUCAUCGUCAGCUGCGAACUCCCCAAACUUAGCAGUUAGUGACGACAGAAGCGGCUAUAUUCUGAAAACAUUGAUGCAGGAAAUAAUUCAUACCCACAUAUCCAGAUCUUAAAAGAUAUCUACGAUCCGGGUCAUUGGGAACAUGUAUUUGGCUUAAAUAUCGAUGACUGUCGAGGACAGGGAUACGAUAACGGAGCUAAUAUGAAAGGGAAACAUCAAGGAGUGCAAGCCCAUAUUCUUCGCGAGAAUAGUCGGGCAUUUUUCACACCCUGUGCCUGCCACAAUCUCAAUCUUGUGUUGGGAGAUAUGGCCAAGAGCAGCUCACAAGCAGUGACAUUUUUGGGGGUUCUGCAAAGAAUUUAUGUGAUAUUUGCCGCUUCACCAGGAAGAUGGAAGAUUUUGGAAGAUGCUGUUCCUUAUAACACAGCAAAAUCACUGUCGGACACAAGAUGGGAAUGCCGUUUACAGAGUGUAAAAGCAUUGCGGUAUCAAAUGAGCGAAAUAAGGGAGGCCCUUUUCACUGUAGCGGACGAGUCCAGGGACCCUAUGGUAAAAACCGAAGCCGAAUCUCUUGCAAAUUUUGAGGUGGGAAAUUUUGAGUUCAUCCUUGCCACGAUCAUAUGGUAUGACAUUUUGUUUGCUGUUAAUACUGUGAGCAAAUCGCUACAAUCUGCCGACAUGCAAUUGGAUGUAGCAAUACAGCAAAUUAAAGGACUCGUGACAUACUUAACAAAGUAUCGGGACACUGGUUUUCAUUCUGCUAUGAUUACUGCAAAAGAAAUUGCAAGCGAAAUGGAUGUGGAACAAGUAUUUAAGCAGAAAAGAAACCGACGAAAAAAGAGACAAUUUGACUACGAGAGUACGGAUGAAAGAACUUCUUCAGGUGAACAUGUGUUUAGAACGGAAUAUUUCUUGUGCAUAAUGGAGCAAGCAAUAAUGGCCAUGAAUAUACAGUUUGAGCAACUAAAACAAUAUGAGACACUCUUCGGAUUUCUGUACAACAUAAACACCAUGCGACAAUUGAAUGAUGAAGACUUGUUAAAAUGUUGCAUGGACCUUGACAUAGCGUUGCGCUCGGAGAGUUCACGUGAUUUAGACGGUGCAGAUUUGUGUUCAGAACUCAAGAUUUUUCGGGAAAUUUUGCCCGAAGGUGUAAAGUCAGCCAUGCAGUGCCUUCAGUACCUUUGGAGCAGUCGGGAUUCAUUUCCAAACACGGCAAUAGCGUACAGAAUCUUGCUAACAGUUCCAGUCACAGUCGCAAGCGCCGAAAGAAGCUUCUCCAAAUUGAAGUUGGUCAAAAACUAUUUGAGGUCAACCAUGUCUCAGGACAGGCUUUGCGGCCUGGCGAUUCUCUCAAUAGAAAAAGACAUCGCUUCCAAUUUGGAAUACGAAGACCUCAUUAACGAAUUUUCCACACGGAAGGCAAGAAAAGUGGAUUUUAUAAAUAAACAUUAAGGUAUUGCGAAGCUGAAACCGAUCGCGAGUGGAUGCUAACAGCUGAUGAAAUAUCGCCAGAUAAAUCGUAAUCACAAGUUAUUGGAGGAAAUUCUGACAGCUCCGAAUUCC